UCACUCUGCCUCACUUACCCCUAAUUAUAUUAUCUUUCAGAUUUUUGAUCACGGGAAGUAGCUUCAAGUCUCUAGGUUACAGCUAUCGCAUGGGGUUUAGUACAGUGCGCUCUAUCGUACAUGAAACCUGCCGAGUCAUUUGGAAUGCCCUAAGACCUAGUGUUAUGCCAAAACCAACAAGGGAAAAAUGGACGCGAAUCGCGAUGGAAUUUGAUGAAAAAUGGAAUUUCCCGAACUGCAUCGGUGCAAUAGAUGAUGUAGGAUCAUAUGGACGAAAUAGUGAUGGAGGUAUAAUGCAAAACUCAAUAUUUGGAAAAAAAUUGACUUCUAAUGCCCUCGAUAUUCCCCCAAAAAAACGUUUACCGAGGACAGAUCUUGAGUUGCCGUAUGUUUUUGUAGCAGACGAGGCUUUUCCGUUAACCACAAACAUUAUGAGACCAUUUAGUGGCGAUCGAUUGACAGAUGAAGCAAUGAAAAUAUACAAUUAUCGUUUGAGUAGAGCCAGGCGUAUCGUCGAAAAUGCAUUUGGUAUACUUCAAGAACGUUUCGAAUUAUGUCAAAAAGGAAUUCAGGUUCAACCAAAAUAUGUUGAUAAUAUCAUUUUAGCAUGUACUUGCUUACACAAUUUCAUCAUAGGUGGUACAAGCACAGAAAGCCAAAAUAUAGCAAGUGUAAGCAUUAAUUUAGAAAACGAUAAUAAUAUGAACAAUGCAUUAGAUGGUAUGACAGUACGGGAGAUGUUUAAAGAUUACUUUAGGUCUGAUGAGGGCUCUAUUCCAUGGCAAAACGAUAUUGUAAAUAGACAUUAAUACUGUGUUAAAUCUGAAAAUAUAAUUAUAGUGCAAAAAUAUUUA